AUGCUUAUGGAGGAUAAGGAGGAGGAAGACGAACAGGGUGGUUCAGAUGGUGAAGCAGACUUCGAGGAGGAAGAGUUGUCGCGUGCGAUCAUGGAGGGCUAUAUAGGUACCAAUUAUUUUUUCGCUGCGUUUGAAACUCGGGGAACUUUCCUGAGUAGAAAUUUUUAAACAGCUACGUGUUCCUUUUAAAUGUUUGACUACGUUGCUCAUACUGGGGUUACAGGAUACCAUACUGCCAGCACGGCUACUAGCUAAAAACCUAGACACGUGUCUCGCCGACCUUCUGCCGCUGCAUGGCAUAGUAUGUUGCUCAUUUUAUGACCAACGUCAUACGUUAUUUCCAGUGAGCUUUUUCAGUGUUGUGAUUGACGAGGAUCUUCAGCCCUUGUGAUUAUUUUUUAGAGACCUGGGCAAUUCCGUGCCGUUUGAUCUGAGCCCCACGAGUGACUUUCGGGGACUACCUCUAUUAUGUCUUAGAGUACCAUACGUGCAUUUGCCUAUGUUGAAAUGUCUGUAUAAGGCAAUUUCCAGUUGAGUUGGAAUCGGUUUGGCCGCAAUAGACGUAAAUUCAUCUCAAACCGCCCAGAAUUUUGUGCCAUUUCGAAGAGCGAACUUGCCCUGGCACCCUCGUUGUUUCAUUACCAGCCACCAUCAUUUGGCCGUUUCGCAGAUUUCCUCUACUUUUUUGACGACAGUGACAAACUGAGAGUGCACUGGUUAUUCCAAGUACGAAUGUGUCUGAGCAGCCUAGCUGGACGGCCGUGAUGUUUGUGUUUUGAGACGACUGCAUGCGUAGUAGACCACCCAUGAACUGCCAUUAUGCGAGCCAAAUAAAACCUAGGCAGGAGGAGGGCUUGUGGUUACAUGCCACGUUCUAAUGCGUGCGCCUGAUAUAUGCAUCAAUCGAGCGAUCACCGUGAAAGCCCAUCUAGAUUCAAUCUCAGCAAGGCCAACUUCGAAUCCUUCCUUUCGUGGUUGAAAUGCUUACGAGGAAAUUGUACUGUACCACCCUCUUCGACGUCAUUUAUACUAUAAAAUUUGUGAACGUCCAAAUCUGUUCUCGAUCCUGAAAUGCUCAGAAAAGCAGUUUUAUAGCAUCCAUUACAAACAGCUCUUUGUACACAAGAAAGAUUAAACGGCAUCCUACUUCGUCCUGCCUGUUGGUUAUCUAUGUGUUCUGUGGCCUUUAGUUUCCAGAGAAUCCUGCGAAGUAAGCAAGCUUUGUGUCUGACGAAUAAGUAGUCUGCAAUCAUUCAGGUAUAAUGCCUUUAAGCGUGUCAGGUCAACAAGCCAUAGCUGUGUUACAUGGCUAAUGCUGCCCGCCGUCACUUUCGUCCAACACAAUCCCUGAACCCCCGACUGGUGUGCUGUGAGUGCCGAUAGGGACAUUGACGUUCGAACCGAUGAUCCACAGGAAGUCAUUCAACAGCCACACCGCCCCACAAAACCGCCCUCUGAUGGGCCAGUACGAUAUCCUUCUGUGAGUAGAGCAGAGUUCUCAUGUCGAGUCACCAUCAAAAGGAUGCGUUGGCAUAACAGCUCCUAAUGGAAGCCUGCCAUCCUAUAAGGCCUUGGUGGAUGCUAGAUACUCCGAGGCAGAGCCAGGACUAAGUAUAUCAGACAACGAGUGAGUAUCCAGAGUCGUGGAAAGCCGAUUUCAGCUGCCGAUAUUAGAUAAGCUUAGUGGUCUGCCAACGUACUAACCGUCGGUCUCUCUGCUGCGCUUAAUACAAGACUGUCGGGUGGGGCGCCUGACGUUGCUUCUUUGCCUGACCACUUUCUCUCACCUUUCUUGCACAGCCUUUUUAUCGUCUUCCCUGAUCAAUGAUACAUCUCGCCUGCUCAUUUUGUCUUCCAGACUCCGACGAAGGAUAUCAUGGCAGCGAUGAACAGAGGCCUGUCAAGAAAGGCAAAAAGACUAGGGUGGAUAAUGUAAAGCCUACUGUCAGCCCGCAAGAGACAAAACCAGCUAACCGCAGAGGCGGUCGUCGAGUGCGGAAGAAACACUCCGCUGCACCAAGAGUGAUAAUCCUUGGCCGCACCGACACAGAAACGGUCCGACAAAGGACAGACGCCUUCGUGACUGAACGGUUAUUCUCCCCUAAUGCAAAUGGCCCCUUCAUUCGACGCAUGAACCCCGCCACCCUGGAGGCGCUCUCGGCCAAGAGGCGGGUCCCUUUCAGAAAAAAAUAA